GCAGGCGAGCACGUAGCAACCACGCCACUGAGUGACUGAGUAUAUGUAUUAUAGAUAAUAUAGACAUAUAUAAGAAGCGCUUACUCUGCGUUGUCAUCAUUUAUGAAAUAUAUCACCCAACGAAGUGGAGUCAUUUAUAUAUCCUUGUAGUUUCAUCUGGAACAAACUGUAAUUUUCGUCUUCCAAACUUUUGCUCCAACCCCUCUCCAGAACGCGGAUUUACACCAUAUCAUUCACCACCAGCACUCAUUUCACUACACAUUCCUUCAUUCCCCAACAUGUCCUUAUGGAUUAUUCAGAUCGCUGUAGUCAUGCUAUCGCUCCUAAUCAGUCGUAGCCAUCAGAAGAAAGACCCCGUGCUUUACUGUUCAGCGUGCAGAGCGAUCGUCGAUGAGCUCAGCUACUCCAUCAGCCAGGUGGACCCCAAGAAGACCAUCAACGUGGGAAGCUUCCGCCUGAACGCCGACGGGACGCUGCAGGACAAGAAGGUUCCUUUGGCACGGUCUGAGACUUAUCUGAGUGAGCUUCUGGAGGAAGUUUGCAGCAGCAUGAGUGACUAUGCCCUCUAUGUAGACCCCGACACUCAAGAGAAACGUUAUAAGAGGUUUGCUCCCAGAGACAAUGGAGGCACGGAGAGCUUCCCAGACAUUCAAAACUUCAAGUUUGAUGGAAUGGAUUCCUCCAGUGCCUUGAAAUUUGCGUGUGAAACCAUUUUAGAAGACCUAGAUGAAGAUAUCAUCUCGCUCUUCAGCCAGAACACACAACAUGUUGCUGAUGAGUUAUGUUCCGGCGUGUCAGACUACUGUAAAGACGCCAAACACACAAAUGAGGAGUUAUAGUUACUCUAUCAUUUUUAUAUACAUAAUGUAUGAAGAUGAGACCAGGAUAUUCAUAAUUUAUCAAAUAAUUGUUUGGGAGGGGGAAAUCUCAUUUGGACAAAAUUAUUUGUUAUUUUAAUCAUUUUAAAUGAAUGACGUUCCGCUUUGCCUCUGUUCAUACUAUUUGAAACACACUCUAUACACGGUCAUAUCUAUAAUGCAAUUACGAUAGCCCUCACAUUGAAUAAAAUCAAAAUGUACUCAUCACGUAUUAAAAUAACCAUCAUAGUGAAUAAAGAAAAGGCUCAUAAUGCUAAUUCUAAUGCAUACGUUUUUUGCUAAAUAUUGUCAUGUAUAAACCAUGACAACUUAAUUGUAUAACCAGUAUUUUGAUCUAGUUUUUGGAUAGGCUUCCUUUGACAUGUUGUGUAUUGUGUAAACAUAACUUGAGGCCUUCUCAGAAAAGCUUUUCCUGGCUCGACUGUAGGCUGUAAUGCUGUAUUAUUAGAUUUGUAAUACAAUAGUAAUAAAGAAAGAUUUUGCUCAUGCUUAAUCCUCCACAAUGACCAACUUUGUUGGCCUAGUAAAUGGUAUUUGGAAAAAAAUUAGACCAAGGAAACUUUGAACUACAUCAUGCUCAGUUCAGUUUAUAUAUGGGUACAAUUAAGUAUUGCCCAGUGUGUUAUAUAUAUUGGUUAUAUUUCAUAUCCAGUGUUGACAACUCUUUAAUAAAUUCCUUGGGUGUAUAUUUUGAAAGGGAACUUGAAAUUGCUCCCAGAGCUAUAUCUUCGUGUGUUCUUAAGUAAAAGUAAGAAGAGCACUGUAUUGCAAAGGAUAGAUUUAGGGUUAAGGUUAACGUUUCCACAAGUACCACAUACUUGUUUUCAUCCAAGGGAGUAUCCUAUAAUGUUGGAUGUUUGGGAUGUUGCAUUGCAAUAAAAUAACAGCCUUUUCGCUGGCCACCAUCCAUUCUUCCAUCUUCUUUACUCGUUCUAUGGAAACUUGUGGGAACCCUUGCAGCUAGACCAUGAAUGGGCUGCCAUUCUAUUGCAAGGGCACAGACGCAGAUUGCAAGGGCACAGACGCAGAUUUCCCGACUCAUGCAAACAUAGGGAGAACAUGCAAACUGCAUGCACACAGGACCCCCCUUCUCAUGGGUCCUACAUUAUCUUCACUUAUGGCAAUAUGGCCAAUACUGAUGUGGGCCUCUGAGUGAGAAUAUUAAUAAGGCAUAUGCAAACUAUUUUUGCAUAAGUAAUGCUUAAUAUUUAAUGUGGGAUUUUAGGAGAACUUAGAGUUGUAUCGCCACAAUUAAAGGCCCUUUAACUAUGACUCUGAUGAAACAAUUUCCACAUUUCACACACUUCUGUUAAGACAGAAAUGUUAAAUGAAGUAGAACUAUUAUAACAGGCAUUACUUUUGGAGUUAAGUUGAAGCGAUGUGAUGGCAGCAACUUGUUCCCCAGGAUGACAAGUGUUAUUGCUGCCAUUAAUGCUGGAGCGCCAGAGACAUGAAGCUCUGACAGUACGCACUGCUGAAGACACUUCCCACCCAGCCACUGUUUCUAGAAUGCUUUUGUCACGUCUCGAGACCCCUUCCCUUCCUUACCAUCAAUCAAUCGCAGAAAAAAUGGAGAAGGGUGCAACUACUGGAAUAUUCUGAAUAAAACAUUAAUAUUUACAAUAUUGGUAGUAGCAGUAGUAUACUGGCUUUGGAUCAAAACCACUUACCAUCCUCAUUGCAUACUUUAUUAUUUAUUUUAAUGUAUAAUUUAAAUAUUCUACUCUGAUGAGAAAAUAGACAUCCAUGCCACCGCUCAAUGUUUUUGAAGGCAAACUCAAGUCAUCCUAAACCCUGGGGAUAAAAGACUAAAAAGUCUCAAGGUUUUGAUGAUUAAGGAUAAUAUAAAGUCUGACAAUGUUCAACCAAGCCAUUGAAAAGGCUAUAUUAUUUAUUUUGCCUCUUGAGAAGCGGGGACAGUCGUUGUUUGGGGCAACACUUGAGUGAAUACGGUUUCCCUUUUAAUCAGAGAAUAAUGUGUCAGCAGCAGCAGGAUCCAGCCCCAGCUUGGCCCAUUGUGUUGCCAGCCGUCGCAACGACUCAUGCACCCCAAGCUGAUACCCCUGACAGAUCAAGGGUUACCAAGGUGGAUGGUUGACUACUAGGGGACAGGCAACAGUCAUGCCAGCUAAACAUUCAUUUCCUGUUGCAGGAUCUCUAAGCUAUGGAGGGGUACUGGCUGAGUUCCUCCUGUCCAUUUAGAUCACAGAUAUGAUAUACUGUAUGAAGCUGUGUGUUGCUCCAAAUGGGGUUGAAGUAAGUUUUAAUUACUAAUUAUUAAAAAAGUUGAUUUCAUGACUUCAAAUGAAAUAAUACCUACUAUUUUCUGUAUUUCAAUGUACUUUAAGAUGGAGGAGCAAAAGAGUUGGGCAUUCUAAAUGUGUCAAAGAUAUAUGAAUCCUCACAAAGUGAAUUCAAAAAAUAUCUUUGGAGGUGUGUGUGCUUGGUUUACCCUAAUAUUAUUCUAACUUCUAUCUUCCCACCCUAUACUUUUAUACCGUAAAGUUUUGCCACUGAGCUGUGGCAUUAACUUGUAUUCUAACAAGAUUAAAAUAUAUUUGUCCUGGAGAUUAGCAUAGUUAAGCCUCCCCUCUCCUUGCCUUUGGGGCCGGCUGCAGCAGGCUUUGAUCAGUGUUGCGGAGCGAGGGCCAGGCUUGGGCGCAGCCAUCCAGGGUCCUGGUGUGAAAUCAGCCUGAUGUCAUCCCCCAUUCUCCACCUCCACCAAGCCUUUAGCAGCCGUAAUUAUAUUUCCGCCACAAAGGGCCCCCGUCCCCUCAUUCCAUAUUCCAAGUUUGACUAGGAAACGUUUUGGAGAACUAUGGCUAAAUUACCCAGUGGGGGGAGAGGAGGACAGGAUGGGUCCUCUUUUGUCUGCCACAGACACAUGGAAACUUCUAGAUAGCACUUGGAUGUACUUUCUUUUCUCUGCCCUCGGCCUCUGCCUUUUCUGCACGGUUUAUUUUCACGACAUGGGGAUUGAGAUAAAUAAACCCAUGUAUAUUAACUUAUUUGUGUUUUGUUUGUUUUGCAAGGACACAGUCACAACUGUUCAGUGAAAUACAAAGAAACCAUACAAAA